CCGUUGAUUAUUGAUUUCAAUUUUUAUAAUUUUGUUUUGAUUUUUUUACAAUAGCUACAUACAUAGUUACUACAUUAUAAUUAAUACUUACUUUUUAAUACUUUUGAAUUAAAUUGAUAUUUUCAGAUUGUACAAGCUGUUACGAAAUGGAGAAAGAGAAAAUACAAGCUUUCACGGUUGAGAACUUUAUUGGUAACUGGAAUGGGGAUUUUCCGAAUUAUCCCCUAACAACACCAGACUUAAAGAAGCCUCAUGCAGUGAUGGGAGCUUUGUUUCAGGUUUUUGAUCGCCUUGGAAUUGAUAGAGAUGCUGUUCUUAUGGCACCACCCGAAGAAAGCCGAAAUGAAAAUACUAUCUACUACUGGGAUUUACUUCCUGUCAUCAAUAUGACUAGAGUUAUAAACCAUUUAGUCUCUGUAAUGCCACAAGUUGAUGCUACUAUCAGUAUCACACACUUCUUGCAACCAACAGUCACAACAUCUCAUUCCAUAUUGCUUUUAUUGUUUAAUUUAAUGGUUUUUAAUGAAGAGAGACUGAGGGAUAUAGCUCCGUAUGAGGAGGAAUUGUUUUCUAAAACUGAACAGGUAAAACUUUUAGAAGAUAGAAAAAAUCGAUUACUUGAAAUGCUAAAUGAGCAAGCUGAAGAAAAAGGAAAGAGAGCUGAAAGAUUGGAACAGAUAGAUCAUGAUGUAAAACAAUUGGAAGAGGAGCUUAAACAAGAAAAUGAUGCAUUUGAUGAAGAAAAGCAAGAAUUAGAUGCAAUAUUGAAGGAGAAUCGUCAAACAGAAAUAAAUCUUGAACAGAAAAAAAGUCACAGAGAUGCAUUGAUAACAGAAAUUGAGAAAAAGCAAGCUCUCAGAGUUUAUGAUGCUGAUGAUAUAAAAGCUCAGGCAGAACAGGCAGCUCAGAAUGUUCAAGAUGCUGAAGAAAAAUUAAAUUCAUUAAGAGCAACACUCAUGCAAAAGGAAAAUAGUUUGAAAAAUUUACAAACUAUCAAACCUAAUUUUGAUACUGCUAAUAAUUUAUUGCAUGAAAUAAUGAAGGUUACUGAGAGUUUGAGGGAUUAUGAAAAUGGUGACUUAGAUUCAGAUAGCAAAGAAGGAGAAUUAGAUGUCCUUAAUACUGAAGUAAAUGAACUUGAAGCUCAGCUGGCUGAGAUCAAGGUUGCCAGAGAAGAAGCCAGUAAGAAAAGACAAGAGAGCCAUGCUAAACGUCAACAAGAGAGAACACUGGCACAGAGUAAUCUUCGUGAAGCUGAGGAGAAAGACAGGAAGAGCAAUGAAAGAUGUAAGAAAGCAAUGCAGCGUGUUCUUGAAAUAAAGGACUUGACCACAAAGUAUGAGCAGAAAAAGGUAGAAGGUGUAGAAGAGCUGACAGAAAUCAAAGAAAAUUUUACGAUUGAUUUAAAAUCUACAGAAGAAGCUCUUCUGAAGAAGGCAUUAGAGUCCAAGGAAAAGAUUGAAGACAAACUAAGGAAUCGGAAGAUCUGAAUUGACUGUAUCAAUUUAGCCUCUAAGUUUAUAUUUACGUUUUAAUAAAAAUAGAAGAGUUUAAUUUUAGACUAUUAUAAAACAUGAGUUCUGUAUAAAUUAAUAUUAAAUUAAAUCA